CGGCUCUCCGGCGGCGGCGCCGCCCAGCCCACUGUCCUCUGAGAGCGGAGCGCGUUUGCCCGCCGGGAGGUUAAAGCCGAAGCGCCGAGGGGACUCGCGCCUGCGUAGAGCCGGGCGUUGGCCGUGCGGCGCGCGUAAGGCGGCGACAGGCUGAUGGACCCAGGGACCGGCCUUGGGGUCGGGCCGCGGGGGGAGCGCGAAAAUGGGGGGCCCGAGGUGAAGAAGAGGCGACUGCUGUGUGCGGAGUUUGCCUCGGUCGCGAGUUGCGACGCCGCCGUGGCGCAGUGCUACCUGGCCGAGAACGACUGGGACAUUGAGAGAGCGCUGAACUCCUACUUGGAGCCGCCCGUGGAGGAGGGUGCCAUGAAAAGCUGCGCUGAGACCCCCUCUGAGCCCAAGCUCUGUGUUGACUUAACCAGUGAAGAAACAACUGAUUCCAUUGUUUCUAAAACCAGCACUUCUGAAAAUAUUCAGCAAGAAGAUGGCAGCACAUUCUCUUUCAUUACUUGGAAUAUUGAUGGAUUGGAUCUAAACAAUCUGCAAGAGAGGGCUCGAGGGGUGUGUUCCUAUUUAGCUUUGUACAACCCAGAUGUGAUAUUUCUACAAGAAGUUAUUCCCCCUUAUUGUAGCUACCUAAAGAAGAGAGCAAGUAGUUAUGAGAUUAUUACAGGUGAUGAAGAUGGAUAUUUCACAGCUAUAAUGUUGAAGAAAUCAAGAGUGAAAUUUAAAAGCCAAGAGAUCAUUCCUUUUCCAAAUACAAAAAUGAGGAGAAACCUUUUGUGUGUAAAUGCAAGUGUGUCGGGAAAUGAACUUUGCCUUAUGACUUCCCAUUUGGAGAGCACCAGAGGGCAUGCUGAGGAAAGAAUGAAUCAGUUAAAAAUGGUUUUAAAGAAAAUGCAAGAGACUCCACAGAUAGCUACAGUUAUAUUUGCAGGAGAUACAAAUUUAAGGGACCAAGAGGUUGCCAGAUGUGGUGGUUUGCCCAGCAACAUUCUGGAUGUCUGGGAGUUUUUGGGUAAACCUAAGCAUUGCCAGUACACGUGGGAUACACAAAUGAACUCUAAUCUUGGAAUAUCUGCUACUUGUAAGCUUCGUUUUGACCGAAUAUUUUUCAGAACAGCAGCCGAAGAUGGCCACAUUGUUCCUCAAAGUUUGGACCUCCUUGGAUUAGAAAAACUGGACUGUGGUAGAUUUCCUAGUGAUCACUGGGGUCUUCUGUGCAACUUAGAUAUAAUAUUGUGAACUGCUUUUCAAGUACGAGUUUUGAAUGUUCUGAGUAAUACUGUUCUGGAUUUUUGCAAAUAUUUCUCUCUGGAAAAGUAGGCUUAAUAUGGAGGAAUUAGUGUUGGGAAAGUGUUGUGUAUUUUCCUUGGUCCUUGUCCCCACCGCAACAAAGAAUUGAAGGGCAGAGACACAUUAGUGAAGCAGAGUAAAAGUUUUAUUUAAAGGAUAUUUCAGGUGACAUCACAGGAGCACCCUGAAAAGUUGGGGGUUUCCCCUGUAAGUCCAGGGAAAGGAAAUCCCAGGGCAAAAUACCUCUAAAACCGAAAUCAGUCAAAGGAAGAAAUAAAGUUUAAAAUGGGUUUAUUGCUUACAAACUGCAGUCCGAGGCCUUCUCUCUUUCCUGCUCCAGCAGAAGCAAAACUGGCACUCCCCCUCACCUCUUAGGUACAGAUAAGCCCUCUAUUGCUGGGGUAAUUACCCAUUGAUAAGGAGAAGAACUUCUCUCCACCCCUGAGGAUCUGCAAAUAACUAAAGCCAUACUUCUUUCUACCUCUGAAUGCCUAUUGAUAUGCAGAUGUGCUAAAGCCAGGUGAAAUAUUCUGGAAAUAUUACAAUUUUACCCACACCCUCUUUUAAGGAUUCUUCAGAAAUGUGACUAAGGGCUGGUUGUGCAGACUUAUUAAAUGGUUUCUGAAUAUUUAGAAUUAACAGAAGGAACUUCCUGCUCUGAUUUCUCCUCGAGAUAACCAGCAUCUUGGUCUGGGAGCAUAUCGAACAAGACUGCCUGCCUAGCCCCCAAGGUAGGCUUAGUUACUGUCUGCUAAAAAGUUGAGAAUCCUUCUUGCCUUUUACUAUGUUGUUUGCAGCUGGACCUGCAUGCUAAAUUAGUUACCUAGGUUACUAAUCAGGUGAACUACCUGAUUAGGGCUGAAGGAGAAAAAAGGAGCAGAUAGGUGAAGUUAAAAAAAUAAGCUAGGCCUGCAUGAUUAACACAAUAAAGACGUGGGCUAUGCUGAGGUACCCUCCUUUAUCUGGGGAAUAUUCAAACAUUCCAGGCCAAGUUGCUCCUGGUUUUUUGAGUUUUAACUGAUUAACUCUGGGCUUUCCUGGCCUUAUUCUCUUUCCACCUGGCUGGUAUCUAUUUCCCUGCCUAACAUUAGUAUACUGGAUCACUGUAACAAGAAAAAACUAUUGUGAUUUUAUUUUGUUGAUUGAGUCCUCAAAUUUCAGAACUAUUUAAGCUGAAGUCUACCUAUGUUCAGAAUAUGAGACCUCUUAAUGAAAGGGUGCAUAGAAUAUCAGAGCCUUUAAUAGUGCGCACACCUGCCAGCUUGACCUCACGUAGGACCACGUUGUCUCUGGGCUAGGCUUUAUAUUAUUAUUAUUUUUUUAACCAGGCACCAAAAUAGUUACUAUUUUAAAUAAAUCUUCAAAAGAAACAGGUUAUUGAGGCAUUGGGACUAGAUCUUCUAUUUAUGUUUUAUAAAUUUAGCCUAAAUAAAAAAGCCAUGACCAUCUGCAUUUUAAGUAGAUGAUAACUCUCCUGCAUUAGACUUAAUUUUAGUCAGCUAACAAAAUUAGCCAACUAUAAAUGAAAUUUUAGGAUUUUAAAUUCCUGAACUUUUUACAAUUCAUGCUUGUAGUUAUGUUGCCGACAGAGGCAAAGUUAUUGAUAAUGAUUAAAGUCAGUUUCAUAGUG